AUGACGGAGACCAGCUCCGACAACGAGAAGAAUGUCGCGACCAUCGGGACUAAUGAAAGAGAUGAGAACGACCAGUAUAUCCGAGAGCAGGGCUUCAAUGGCACCCAUAUGCUGGAUGCUCGCCAGUUGCAUGACUCAAAUUUGAAAACAACAGCAGAUGGCAAGACCGUUCUCAUCCCGCAGCCAUCAACAGAUCCCAAUGAUCCGCUGAACUGGAGCUUCAUCAAGAAGCAUCUCAUCCUCCUGGUGAUCACCGUGGCGACAUUCGUUCCCGACUACACCAGCUCUUCAGGCGUCAUAACCUUGCUUCCUCAAGCAAAACAAUGGCACAAAACGCACAAUGUCAUCCAGCACAAUCUCGUCGGGAAUCUCUUCUGUCUGGGCGCCGGCGGUUUGUUCACAGUCUGGCUAUCAGCUUAUUUCGGACGUCUCCCAGUCCUCUUCAUUUUCAUGUCUAUCGCGCUCGCCACAUCAGCAUGGUGCGCCGCGGCCACGAGCUUCGACUCAUAUAUGGCAGCACGCAUCCUGAACGGCUUCUUUUCGAUCGUUGCGCAAGCUGGUGGUCUCAUGUACAUCCAAGACAUAUUCUUCUUCCAUGAGCAUCCCCGAAAGAUCAACAUCUGGGCCGGCUCUACAAUCGUCUCCCCCUACAUCGGCCCCCUCAUCGCGGCCUUCAUCGUCAACAAAAUGGCCUGGCCCAAUGUCUUCUGGGUGAGUACGGGCCUCACCGCAUUCGCUUGGAUCCUCAUCGUAGCCUUCAUGGACGAAACUAUCUACAACCGUCGUAUUGCCCCCUCCCAGCAAGUCCCACCGAAAAAUCGCCUUUUGCGCUUAGUCGGGGUGGAACAAUGGAGGAGCAGACAUAAUCGGCAGAGUUUCGGCCAGGCGGUCAUGAGGCCGCUUAUUGCCAUCAGUAAAAUCCCAGUGCUGCUAAGCACGAUCUAUUACUUCCUGAACUUCGCCUGGAUCAUUGGUGUGAACGCGACGAUAUCGAUCUGGCUGACGGAAUUCUACAAAUUCAAACCCUACAAUCUCGGAAUGUUCUACUGGAGUUUCAUAAUCGGCGUCCUCCUCGGCGCAGUGAUCGGCCACUGGCUACACGACCUAAUCGGCUCCAUCUACCUAAAACGCCACAACGGCAAGAUCGAACCCGAAGCACGCCUCAUAAUCAUCUGGAUCGCCUCCCCACUGAUGGCGCUCUCUAUCCUCCUUCUCGGCUUCGCCCUCGAGCACCGCUGGCACUACAUCGUCAUCGGCAUCUUCGCCGCCGGCCAAGUCAUCGGCAUCAUGUUCGCCACCACAGGCCUCAAUGCUUACUUGCUGGAUGCGUAUCCCGAGGGUAGCGGCGAGGUCGGCGCGUGGAUUAAUGUCGGCAGAACUCUGGGGGGCUUCAUGGCGACGUAUAUUGAGAUCAACUGGGUGGAGCGGGAUGGGGAGGUUAAUGCGUUUGGGGCCCAGACGGGCAUCACCGCUGCGGCAGGGUUGAUUAUUCUGUUUUUGGGGAUGUUUGGGAAGAGGAUUAGGAAGAGGCAGGGGCAUAUGCAGUUUGCGAUGUAA